AACGAAAGGGCGGGGCCAAUUUGAAUUUUUCAAAACCUCGAAACUGCAAAAAAGAACGACAAUCCCUUUCGUUUCUGUUCUCUUCUCCACCCCAUUAGUACUUUUGCCUCUGGAUUCGUGCAAAGCUUGCAUCUUUCCGUUAAAAGUGUAAUCUCUCUCUGCACAAAGACCACAUUUCCGCAUACAAAGCAGACACCGAGACAAACAUCCAACAGACAAUGCUAGCAAAGACGAAACUGUGGUCUCUGCUUGUCCGUAUGCGCGUGAUCUGAUCCUCCUCCUCCUCUUCCUCUGUUUUUUCUUACUCUUUCUGCAACCCUUUAAACUCCACUUUCCGUAAUCUUCACCCACACACAGAAAAACUGUAAGAUCGUAUUAAAUCCACUACUGCUACUCAUCCUUCUACUACCCACUAAGCUUACUGUGGAAAGCUCUGAAACACUCUCUUCUCUUCUCUUAUAAAAGAGGAGGCAUUAGGGUUAUUUCAACAAAUAAUGUCUCCUUCUGCGACUCGGACUGGAGCUCUUGCUGACUUUGGCGUCAGCUUCCCCUUCUUCCACCCUUAUGGUCUGCUGCUGGUGCUGCUGCUCUUUACAGGGAAGGAGGGCAGCGAUGCCUCUCUCUGCAACAAAGAGAUGAUGGUGAUACUUUCUUUAAGAAUUAUGCAUUGUUCCAGCAUCAUAGAUGAAAGAAAUUUCUAUCCCUUUCUGUACUGUUUGGAGUAUAUGAACCGGAUACAUGGGGAGAAAAAGCCCCGUAAAGAUGUUUGGUUUCAUCAGCAGAAGAUUAUGGAUGUAGUUAUCUCAGCCCACCAAAGUGAUGAGCCACUCGAGCCCAAGCCCAAGCCCAAGCAGCCACUUUCGGAGCCUGAGCAGCCAGAGUCGCCACUUCUUGAGCUGCUUGAGCCAUCUGAGCCUCUCGAGGCACCUGAGCCACCACUAUUGGAGCCCCUGGUUGCUGAUCUAGUAACCUUAGUGUUGUUUAUAAUCGUUGCCUUUAUCGGGAAUCGGUGAGGACAAUCGUAU